CAGGCCUUCGACCUCGCACGGAUGCUCUCCACGCUGGUCGCCGCGAGCGCGUUCGCGCCAACGCAUGGGCCGCUGCGCGGCUUGCAGCCGCGCGGCCGCGCUUCGGUGGCUCUUCAGGAGACGGGCACCUUCACCUCGGACGGCGCAAAGUCGCAGGUUGGGAACGACGCGUUUCUGAAUGAGGACCUGAUGGGGCGCGCGAUCCGCGGCACGGGCGUCGUGUCCGACAAGAAGCUCAAGAUCGGGGUGGUCGGCGCCGGCCUCGCGGGCAUGGUCGCCGCCAUGGAUCUCGCGGACGCCGGGCACGACGUGGAGAUCUUUGAGCUGCGGCCGUUUGUCGGUGGCAAGGUUUCGAGCUGGAUGGACCGGGACGGCAACCACAUCGAGAUGGGGCUGCACGUCUUCUUCGGCUGCUACUACAACCUGUUCGGCAUCAUGCAGCGCACUGGCUCAUACGACCUCAUGCGCCUCAAGGAGCACACGCACACCUUCAUCAACAGCGGCGGCGGCGUGGGCGCGCUCGACUUUCGCUUCCCUAUCGGCGCUCCGGUCUCCGGGCUGCAGGCGUUCGCGCGCACGGAGCAGCUGGGCGUGAGCGACAAGCUCGCCAACGCGCUCCGCCUCGGCACCUCGCCCAUCGUCCGCGCGCUCGUCGACUUCGACGGCGGGAUGGACAUGGUGCGCGAGCUAGACGACAUCACCUUUACCGAGUGGUUCACUCAGCUCGAGGGACCGCUCAAGGGGUCGGCGCGCGGGUCGAUCGACCGGAUGUGGGACCCGAUCGCGUACGCGCUCGGCUUCAUCGACUGCGACCACAUCUCCGCGCGGGCCAUGCUCACCAUCUUCAUGCUCUUUGCCAUCCGGACCGAAGCGUCGGUGCUGCGGAUGCUCGAGGGCUCGCCGCAGACGUACCUGCACGACCCGAUCAUCAAGUACCUGGAGGAGCGGGACGUCAAGAUCAACCUGCGCACGCCGGUGCGCGACCUCGUCCACGAGGUCGACGCGAGCGGCAGGCCCACCCGUGUCAGCGGCAUCAAGGACGACGCCGUCGAGGACGGCGACACGUCUGAGGUGCGCGAGUUCGACGCGGUGGUCUGCGCGCUCGACCUGCCCGGCAUCAAGGGCGUGCUGCCGCCCUCCUUCCGCAAGAUGGACUUCUUUGACAAGAUUUACAACCUCGACACGGUCCCGAUUGCUACGGUACAGGUCCGGUUCGACGGCUGGGUCACGGAGAUGCACGACGAGGCGCGCAUGAGGGACGUCGCCGGCGACCAGUCCGACGGGCGCGGCGCCGGGAUCGACAACCUGCUCUACUCGGCCGACGCCGAGUUCUCGUGCUUUGCGGACCUGGCGCUCACGUCGCCGGGCGAGUACUACAAGGAGGGCGAGGGGUCGCUCAUCCAGGCCGUCUUCGACGAGCGGGCGGUGAAGCGCUCCGAGUCGCAGCUGGUCGAGGACUGCAUCGCGCAGCUCAACGACCUCUUCCCGAGCUCGAAGGGGCUCAAGUGCACCUGGUCCAAGGUGACCAAGCUCGGCCAGUCGCUCUACCGCGAAAAGACGGGCCAGGACAAGUUCCGGCCGACGCAGGCGACGCCCAUCGACAACUUUUUCCUCGCCGGCUCGUAUACGUACCAGGACUACCUCGACUCGAUGGAGGGCGCGACGCGGAGCGGACUGAUGGUUGCUGACGAGAUUGUCGCCCGUGCCGACAAACUCGCGGCUGCGGCGGAGAAGGCCAAGGCCACACCAGUGGGGGCGGCGUGAGCCGCCAACCCUUUUCCUUUUUUAACCUCUGACCGAGAGUUGUGUUCGUGGAGGGUUGUGCGCACCGCCGCGGGUCAUGGGUCUACGUAGGGUUUCGAGCGCGCGGUGGGAGAGCGACAUAAUCUCUCAAAAUUAAGCG